CUUCUUUUACACUUCUUAUUCUUCUUCUUCUGCAGUUCUAUUCAUACAUUCCUUCUUUUUUUUUCCCUCAAUCCCCAUUAUGCAGUUCAUCAACGGCGGGUUGGAUGGAGGGGAGAGUGAAGAGGGAGCGGUUAAGAGGAGUGAGGAUUGGGCAGGGUUGACCCGGAGAACUUGGGUGAAGAGGUGCCCAGAUCUCUAGAUCUCACUAUUCUGCUGUUGAUGAACAGGUUUGGAGUUUCAGGCUUUCAACCAAAACUGCUAAUAUGUUUGCCGUUUGGGGUUGAAUUGGUGAUAAUGGAGCUAGGCUUUCAGAAAUUGGGGAAGAACAAGGGUACGAGUACUGAUUGGCUGAGAUGUUUUUGAGAGAGACAGAGGCUGAGACCAUCAAAGGAGGAAAAUCGGGCCUAAUCGGGCUUUCGGUCUCUGCACAUUUGAGACCCGAGACCGAACCGAGAAAAUAUAUUCGGGUCGGGCCCUAGACCGAACCGAUAUUUUCAAAGUCAAAACCGAACCGAAUCGGGCUUUUUUCGGUUUUUCGGGUCGGGUUUUCGGUUUUUCGGGUCUAGACGCCCACCCCUAGGUAAUAAGAUUAGUGAAACGACCAACGGUAAUUAGCUCUAGGACUCUUAAUACUUCGCUGACGUGGCAGAAUUUCAUUCGGCGUGUGGUGCAACCACCACAUAAGCGACCAUACGUAUAAAUUGGCCUCGGCCACUUUGUAUCUGGGGCUCUUGUCGUUCCCAAUGGCCUCCACUUACCGUGAUCGGACCUCCGAGUUCCGAUCACUCUCCGACACUCUCCAGAAAAUCGGAGGAAUCACACCCGUUAAUCAAUCACAGAAUGCUCAUUCACCGUCCAGAUCUCCCGCCCCGGCCUCUUCCGGAUCCGAAUUCAACAAGAAGGCCUCGCGGAUCGGGUCGGGGAUCCACGAAACCACUCUGAAGAUCUCACGGCUCGCUCAGUUGGCGAAGAGGUCGUCUAUGUUCAACGAUCCGACUGUGGAGAUUCAGGAGUUAACUUCAUUAGUGAAGAAUGAUAUUACGUCUCUGGAUGUGGCUCUUACGGAUCUGCAGACCAUCCAAAACAUGGAGAUAGCUGAUGGGAAAUAUUCGCAGGAUAAAGUUGUUCAUUCGACAGCAGUUUGUGAUGACUUGAAAGGCAGACUUAUGGGGGCUACAAAAAAGCUUCAUGAUGUGUUAACCACUAGAACAGAGAACAUUAAGGCCCAUGAGAACAGGAAACAGAUAUUUUCCACCAAUACCGCAAGAGAGAACCCUUUCAAGAGUCCUGCAAAAACUGUGACUGAACCUCCUCCCUGGUCAACUUCAUCAAGUGCAUCUGGCAGUGUACAGCCAUCACAAUCAUCAACAGAGGUUCAAGUUGGAAACCAACUGAGACGAAGGUUAGCUGUAGAUAAUCCUCCAUCUCAGCAGAUGGAAAUGUCCAUGUUACAGCAGGUAGUUCCACGGCAAGAAAAUUAUACAGAAAGCCGGGCAACAGCUCUUCAAAAUGUAGAAUCUACAAUUUCCGAACUCAGUGGGGUCUUUACACAUUUGGCUACUAUGGUUGCACAUCAAGGGGAACUGGCUAUCAGGAUUGAUGACAACAUGGACGAGUCAUUAACAAAUGUCGAGGGUGCACACAGUGCUUUACUAAGGAAUCUCAACCGAAUAUCAUCAAAUAGGUGGCUGAUCAUCAAGAUAUUUGCCAUUUUGAUAUUUUUCCUGAUUGUCUUCAUCUUCUUUGUGGCUUAAAUCUUGGAACCAAAAACACCAGCAAUAGAACUCUUGCUGCACGGUGUACUCAAGCUUCUCCGUCUCCAUGAGUGCCUCAUCUGUUUCAAAGUGAAUUGUUGAAAGCACGAAGCAAUUCUUUGUUCUGUAUAUUUAAUGGGCAUUUGCCCAUUUUUUCAAUUCUUAGGCAUAGUUGGUGGUAGUAGUAAAAGUAGUAGUAGUAGUAGUAUCAUUCUUAAUAUCACACAUACAGACAGACCAUAGAGCAACUGUUAGGGAUGGUAUGUUUUUGAAUCAACUGAGACAGCUUGCAGUUUCUGAGUUGGUGAGAAAUUGGUAUGAAGUUGAUUGUUACUUUUGUUCUUA